GCAGACAAUAAUAACAUGUCAUAAAAAUUAACCGUGAACUUUACUUAAAAAAUGAGCCGCCACAUCGGACGUGUUCUAAUCUACGGCGGGAGCGGCGCCUUGGGAGCGAGAUGCGUCUCUUGCUUCAAGUCCAACGACUUCUGGGUCAUAUCGGUGGACUCCCACGAAAACUCCGAGGCAGAUCACAACAUCAUAGUCGACAAAGUGCUUUCUCUCAAAGAACAGGAACAAGCCAUUCUGAUCACGUUGAAGCUGUUGCUGGAGGAUAGUGUGUUGGAUGGAGUGUUCUGCGUCGCCGGAGGAUGUUCUGCUGGGAGUCUGGAGGACAUCGUCAGCUGCAUGGAUAAGAUGUGGAAGCUUAAUCUCGUGCCCUCCAUCAUCUCCACGUCAAUCGCUACGAAACAUCUUAAGGAACAGGGGAUCUUCCUGCUGACUGGUUCCAAAGCUGCUAUGGAGCCGAGUCUUAAGUAUUUGCCGUACAGCAUCGUUAAGAAUUCCAUCCAUUUCCUGGUGAAGUCGUUGGUGUCGCAAAGAGAUAACGGACUACCGCGUGGUACUCGCAUAGUGGAAAUAGUACCGGACAUCGUGAUGGAAACACCAUACAACGCCUCACCGUUAGAUAUAAUAGCUGAGAUCUUUUUUAAAUGGUCCAUAGGGGAAGAACAACCGCCUUCCAAUAUGGUACAUUUCGUCGCCAAAUUAAAAAAGCCCAAAGUUGCAUCAGAAUCCCUUAGGGAAAUCGGUCCGGGACUGUAUAUGGAAGUUAGAUCGAUAUACGAUGUAUCUGCUUAAAUCCAAAUAUCCUCGUGCACGGUAGUAAUACUUCAGUAAGAAUCCAAGAGAGGGCGCCACAAAAAUAAAACUAUUUUUGCGAAAUACGUACAGUUAAAUUAAAUUAUAUAUUAUUUGAA